AUGAUUCAUAUGAAUCAUUUGAAUCAUGCCGCUAUGAAAGGACAUAAUGGUGUCAUAUCCUUGUUACUUUCAAAAGGGAUUAGCAUAGAUGUUUCAAAUGGUUUUGGCUCGCCCCUGCACCUUGCUUGCGCUUUUGGCCAACACGAUACAGUUAAUCUUCUUCUGGACCACAAUGCCUGUGCAGGUGCUGAUACAAAUGGUGGACCAGAUGGAGUCAAAGCUCUGCCACUAGCAGCUAAAGUGGGGAUAAUACAAAUCAUCAAGCUGCUAGUUGAAGCUGGUGCGGGUCCAAAUUUUACGGAUAUGUGUGGACUGAAGUCAGUAAAAGAAGCAGCUCUUGAUGGUAACCGUCAAGGUGUUGAGAUUCAUUUUCCUGAACAUAUGUGGAUGGGAGCAUUGAUGGGUUGGCAAUCAGCAGUUCCAUUCUUUCAUGCAAUGGAGCUUGGCCUCGAAAUUGAUCCCAGUGAUGCAGCUGUAGAGGAGUUUGUGCUUUGUCUCCUCCCAAUAAAGGAGAUUGUACGAGUGUAG